AAGGCACAGCUAGGAUGCAUACAAGCUGAUGUCGACGCCGAAAGCCCCAGGCUAUUUCAAGCAACUCUGGUAUGGAUGGAAGAGUUUGAAGCUACCAUGGCGACGACAGUUCCUUGUCGGUGCAGACUUGGCCGGCAACACUUUCUGGGAGUUCAAGGACGCCCUGAACUCGAACCGGUUUAGGAGGAUCGUGAAGUAUGCGAGAGCGCCACACUAUGCGGAUGUGAAGAUUACUGCGCAAUGGCAUCAAUGGCUUCGCCACACCCGCGCAGACGCGCCGACCAUCCAAGAGCAGCAAUACGACGUCUCCCGCCAAGCAAUGAUGAAGCAGCUCGCCGCCAAAGCAGACGAGCGUUGGAAGUCUGUGCCAUCAUUCCUUGACUCUCCGGCGAGGCAGCAACCGCAACCUGCGACGCAGCCCAAGGAUCCGGGCGGGUACGCGCCACAGACGGAACCAGAGCAACAUCAAGGCGUGACGAGUGGAGUUGAAGAUCCGAUUAAAGUGCAGCAGGUAGCUCAAGAAGGCAAGGAUGGGAAGGAGGUGGAUGAGGGAAGAUUCAAGGGACGGACGAGGGAGAAGCCGAGGGUGGCAGAGGAGAAUCCAUGGCAGAGACAGCAGCGAGGUGCACCGAGCGAGAAUUGGCAGCCGCAGGCAUGGACACCUGGAGCUGCACAGCGAAGGUAG